GGUGACGCUCGGCGAGUUUAUCAAGGCGCCGGUUCGGGACUCCAUUGUGCAGUUGGCCUCUUGAGAUCCAGCUGUCUUAACUACCAUGCCACCUGAUGCCACCUGACUGGCCCGAAUUGUUUGUGUUUUAAGGCACAAGUGAUACUGCCCCUGAAGCUCCACAACUGUUGGUACUUGUCCCUACUUUUCUAAAAACACGAUGAGGCAUAGGGAAGGGUAAGAAUAAAAUAAUCUGGAAAAGUUGGAGAAGAAAAAGUAUAUUCAGUUCCCAAACCAAGAGACUGACAAAGUAGGAAAUGCACAAUUUUGAGGACGAAUUAACAUGUCCCAUUUGUUACAGUAUUUUUGAAGAUCCUCGUGUGCUACCAUGCUCUCAUACAUUUUGUAGGAAUUGUUUAGAAAAUGUUCUUCACGCAUCUGGUAAUUUUUAUAUAUGGAGACCUUUACGAAUUCCACUUAAGUGCCCGAACUGCAGAAGUAUUGUUGAAAUUGCUCCAACUGGUAUUGAGUCUUUACCUGUUAAUUUUGCAUUAAGGGCUAUUAUUGAAAAGUACCAGCAAGAAGACCAUCCAGAUAUUGUCACCUGCCCUGAACAUUACAGGCAGCCUUUAAAUGUUUAUUGUCUACUAGAUAAAAAAUUAGUUUGUGGCCAUUGCCUUACCAUAGGUCAACAUCAUGGUCAUCCUAUAGAUGACCUUCAGAGUGCCUAUCUGAAAGAAAAGGACACACCACGAAAACUGAUUGAACAGUUAACUGAUGCACACUGGACAGAUCUUACUCGUCUUAUUGAAAAGCUGGAAGAACAAAAAUCUCAUUCCGAGAAAAUGAUCCAGCGUGAUAAGGAAGUUGUUCUUCAGUAUUUUAAAGAACUUAGCAAUACCUUAGAAGAGAAAAAAAAAAUUUUCCUAACAGCUCUCUGUGAUGUUGGCAAUCUCAUUAAUCAAGAGUAUACUCCACAAAUUGAAAGAAUGAAAGAAGUAAGAGAGCAGCAGCUUGAAUUAAUGACACUGACAACAUCUUUACAAGAAGAAUCUCCACUAAAAUUUCUUGAGAAGGUUGAUGAAGUUCGCCAACGUGUGCAGAUCUUGAAACAAAGACCACUUCCUGAUGUCCAACCUGUUGUAAUUUAUCCUCGAGUAAGCGAAGUAUUGAAAGAAGAAUGGAACAGAACAGAAAUUGGGCAAAUUAAGAAGGCCCUCAUUCCUGAAAUGAAAAUCUCAUCCAAAAAGAUGCCAUGUUCCUGGCCAGAGAAGGAUGAAAAUGAGGUUGAAUUUUUAAAAAUUUUAAACGUUGUUAUAAUUACACUAAUUUCAGUAAUAUUGAUGGUGAUACUCUUUUUCAACCAACACAUCAUAACCUUUGUAAAUGAAAUCACUUCAAUAUGUUUUUCUGAAGUCUCGCUAUCUGUUUACCAAAGUUUAUCUAACAAUCUACAUGAUAUAAAGAAUACGGUAUGUCACACUAUAUAUCUGUUGAAGGAAUACAUGUGGAAGACAGUUUCCCAUUGAGUGAAAACUUAAAUCUGAAUUGUUUAAAUGGGCUUAUUUUUGAACAGCAGACUCUAACCAUCGCUAAAUGGAGAAAUAGGAAUAGCAUCAAUAAGUAAAUAGCAAACUAAACUUUACUUACAGGCUGCAACAAAUAUAUAGAAAUUUGUUAAAUCUUUCAUACUUCUUUUGGUUAGAAAUGAUACAAAGCUAGAAAUCAGAAUAUCUGAAACAUGAUUCAAAUCAUUAGAAAAUUAUAGUAAAGCCUAGUAAUUAUUUGAUUUGAAUAUUAGUAUCACUACAUUAUCCCAUUUUUAUUACCUUGAGAGAGGCUGACUUAAUAUUGCUGUGUGACAUUUUAAAAAAUCCUUGUACCUUUUUUUUUUGCCAUAGAGUCCAUGUGCUGUGGGGAGGGAGCCAUAUAAGCACCUUGCAGUCUCUUCAUUCUCUCAGCCAUCAGGUCUGUGAUUGGAAUAGCCAGGUCUAGGACUGGAACUGUAGUUGGCCACGUGGAAACCCAGUGCCUUAACCACCACACCACCUGCUGGUCCAAUAACUCUUUAAAAAGGUUACUAGAACAGAAUCAUCUUGUGCUAGUCCAUCCUCAGUAGAUUUUGAAAGCAUCACAUGAACUAUAUUCAUCUUAAAAAUUCUUACAAAUUAAAAAAUAUAUAAAAUAUUUUUUAAAAUUUGCUAUAGGACACACAUUCACCAAAG